AUGGACCGCAGAGACUCCAUUCUUGGCAGCUUAAAGCACAGGUUCUCUCGAGGAAGCGCAAAGGACGCGUCUGCACCCGCACCUUCGCGCGUGAAGAGCCUCAAGUCCGUCAUACCGGGAAGCCAAAGGCAAACGACCGACAACCCCUACUCGCAGACCUCGACCCCAACCAGGCGACCAGACCGGCCCGGCAUGAAUGCCUUCACAACCCCGGCCACGGAGCCGCCACCCGCUUAUUCGGCAACUCCGCAGGGCGGCAACACCACUGCCGCCACCGCCCCUGGGGUGCCCAGCGCCGCCACAUCCGCGGCGGUUCCGGCCGACGACCGCUACGCUUUCCUUGGCUCAUUCGACACGGUCUUCCUAAUUGAUGACUCGGGCAGCAUGGCCGGCCGCUCAUGGCGCGAGACAGGCAAGGCGCUAGAGACCAUCACACCCAUUUGCACAGAGCACGAUGCCGACGGAAUCGACAUUUUCUUCCUGAACCACCCGGACAACCCCUACCACCACAACGUCACGCUGCCAUCCACCGUCACCGAGAUCUUCACCACGGUGCGCCCACAGGGUGGCACGCCCACCGGCCAGCGCCUCAACCAGAUCCUUAAGCCCUACCUCCAGCGCGUUGCUGCUGACCCGGACAGGACGAAGCCGCUAAACAUCAUCGUCAUCACGGACGGCGAGCCUAGCGACGAUGUUGAGAGUGUCAUCAUCAACGCCGCGAAGAAGCUGGACAAGUGUGACGCUCCUGCCUGGCAAGUUGGCAUCCAGUUCUUCCAGGUUGGCCGCGAGCCCGGCGCCAAAGAGCACUUGAAGCAGCUGGAUGACGAACUGGCCGAGCUGUCGGGCGAGGACGACCUCAGGGACAUCGUUGACACUGUGCCGUUCACCGGCAAAGACGAUGCCGAGUUGACCGCUGAAGGCAUUCUGAAGGUUGUGCUGGGUGCUGUCAACCGCCGCUUAGAUCGCAAGAAGUCGAAGGAUUUGCACAGAUGA